CCUGGUGAUUAAAAAAAGAUGAACCCAUUUAUUCAACAUUGAUUAUUUUAACAAAUUCAGAAGUACCUUAACAUAAAAUUAAGGUUAUAGUGUACUUGUAACCAUCCGUCUCUGCUUGGUACAGCCCCAGUUCAUGUGACGGUGCUCUGGUGUGUGUGGGACCUCGUCGUUGGCGUGCCAGAGGAGGAGAGAGGAGGCAGAUGGAGAUGUGUAUCCUGUGUCACGAAGCGCAGGAGAUCCUACCUGAUGGCGCCGUCAUGGUGCUCGCUGCCUUUGUCCAACGCUCUACGGUCAUGUCCGAGAACCACAAAAGACCCCCUCACAAUCCAGAGAGCUAUGAUCCCCUCUUCAUGCACCCUGACCUGUCCUUUGGUACCCAUACCGGCAGCUGUGGCCACAUCAUGCACUCUCACUGCUGGCAUAGGCAUGUGUUGAGCCAUGGCUUAUGGAUCACAGGACCUGCCCGAUGUAUGUGUGACAUCCUCAAAUCCCUCAGAGUAGAGGUGAGGUGUGUGCGUAAAUGGAUUCAUGAGAGUUUCUCAUCUCUCUAGAGACGGAUGUUGAGGAGCAGCACAUGUAGACGGUCACUUCUGAUUUGCAUUCGUUUCCCAGCAGCACUGAGUACUUUCACACACACUGUGACUCAGUCUCCAGCAUACACCCCAACUCCGAGUCUCUCACACAGCGAUCAAUCUCUAUGAAUCUCUGCAUGCAACAGAGCAGCUGGGUCCUGCUGACCACACACAUGAAGGUGAGAAGUGCGCGUACACACACACACACACACACACACACACUGUAUUUCAGCCUGCCUUGCUUAAUUCCAGAAGCUGCUGCUAAUAAGCUAGUUUUUUCACUGUGUGUGUGUGUGUGUGUGUGUGUGUGGAGGAGGGGGGUUUGUAUUAUUUUGGAAGCACACACCUGUAUUUGGACUAAACAUACUAGCAUGACCACAAAAAGAUUCAAGAUCAUGGCUCUACUGACGAGAGGCCAUCAGGUUUGAGAGAACGCUGAUAUUCUUGUCCUGGGUUCAAUGGAAACAUGGUGUCAGAAUGUGCGCUGGUCUGUCAAUACAGUUCCCUCUGAAAGGUUUGGAACAGCAAGCCCAGGAUUUAUUUUUAUUAUACACUGAAGACAUUUGGCUUUGCGAUAUGUUGGUGAUUUUAAGGACAUUCCAAACAUGUUCCAAUAUUUUUGAUCAUUUGAAAAAUGGGUAGGUUUAAACAAGGUGCCAUAUUUUAAGUUGUUUGACCAGAAUUUAAUUUCCUAAUAUUUACAACUAAAUUUGUUAAUCAACUCCUAUUCAUCGUUUGAUCUCAAGCCCAAAUGUUUCCAGUAUAUAGCAAACCAAAAUAAUUGCCCUUGCUGUUCUAAUACUUUUCUCCAUAUAAUGGGAAUAGCUCAGCAGCGGUGUUCUUCACAGUGGCUGACAGUUUUUGGUCUUGGUCUUGUCACUGAGUUGACCUGUGGAGAUCCAGGGCAGGUUUCAUGGUGAUUUUCUCUGGCAGGUGCGGCAUCUUCAAGUUACUUGGUUACAGUUAUAUUUCUAUAGCACUUUUCUAGACACUCAAAGUGCUUUACACUGGGAGGAGACCACUAGUGUGUAUCUUCCACCUGGAUGAUGGGACAGCAGUCAUAGUGCUCCAGAACUCCCACCACAAACAAGCUAUUAGUGGAGAGGAGAGAGUGAUGUAGCCAAUUCAGAGAUGGGGAUUAUUAGGGGGUGAUUGAGAAGGUCAAUGAGGGAAUUUGGGCAGGACACUGCGGUUAUACCCAUACUCUUUUUU